CAGGCUCACACGGGGAGCCACCAGGCUGGACUGGGUGCAGCUUACAGACGUGGCACGUGCUGUGGGCGUCGGGCCGCGGCUCCUCCAUGCAGUACUUACACUGCUGUCUGCAGAUCGCACCCAAUCAGAAGGGAAUGGUCCAGACAGGUGGCCAGGGCCACGGCUUGGCCAGGGUGGUCCUGCGGGCAGUACUGAGCCCGCCCUGCUGGGCACCCCACAGCCCCUGUGGCUCUCCAGCUGCCACUGAGGCUGGACGCCCCAUGAGGAGGCUCCCAUCUGUGGGUGGCAGAAUGACGGCCCUGAAGACCCCCGCUUCCUCACCCGAAGACCCCCCGCUUCCUCACCCGAAGACCCCCCGCUUCCUCACCCAAAGACCCCCCGCUUCCUUACCCAAAGACCCCGGCUUCCUCACCCUGGGACCUGUGAGUUCACACAGCAGCGGGGACCUGCGACUGUGGACGGCGCAUCAGCUCCCUCAACAGGGAGGCUGCCCUGGGUGACCCGUGAGGGCACAGGGUACCUCCGUCCUGCUGAGUGGAAGAGGGAGGCCGUGGCGGAGGCGGGCGUGAGGGGGACUGGCCCGCCACUGCUGGCUUCGUGAGGGGCCCCCAGCCAAGGAGAAGCCUC